ACUUGUGGCUGUUGAAGUUGGCUGACAUAACCGCACAGUAUUGCUCCGGAUGUAUGCAGACCUAAAUAUUCAAUUUAACGCAGAUUUAACUUCAAUUAUGGUUCUAAAAUCUAUAUGCGCGAUUGCAACCAGAGUAUUGUUCAUCAGUCUCGGACUCAUCGGAAUAUGGCGAGUCACACGAGUUAAAGAUGAUAACCGUUUUUGGUAUCUGAUGUUUCUUUUCCUUCCUCUCAUUGGGGAAAUGAUCUUUAGUUUAAAAAUGAAAAAAGGGAAUUGCUACAGGAGGUUCUCGCCGGCUAUCCUGCUGUUCCUCAUCACCGUUGUACCGUCCAUCUGGAUAUUGGAACUGCACCACCAGGAAAACAGAAAUGACAAACCCCAGUGCUUGAAAUUGAACUCCUGGGAGGACGUGAAAAACAUGACAGGUUCCAUGGAAAGUCACCAGGUGUUACAGGGUGCAGGUAAAGUGGAGACCUCUCUGUGUCUUGAUGACUGGAUUCUGGGGCUGCACCAAGCCCUCCUCAUCCUACUGAUUUUGGGGAAAUGGCUGCUGCCACUAGGAGGCGGUGUCACCAGGGACGAACUCUCCCAGCUCCUGCUCAUCUAUGUUGGCACGGCAGCGGACAUCCUGGAGUUCAGUACCGAGACACUGUCGGAUGUUAAGGAGAAUAGCCCCCAGUUGGUGAAUUUAAUUCUCGGGGUUUGGUCUUUGAGUAUGCUGCAGUUUCCUCCCCAUUUGGCAGUGGUGGCCCCAGACAAGUCCGUGGACCCUGCCAAAAAAUCCCUGGUUUACAGACGCAGCACGGACAUGUGGAACAUUAUGGAGAGCCUGAUCAUUCAGGACGGCCCCUUCCUGGUGGUCCGGCUCUUGGUCCUCAUCUACUACCAAUACUUCAACCUCAUGCUGCUCUUUUUCACUGCUAAGAACUUCCUGGUGGUUAUACUCAACGUGUACUGGCUGGCUGUCCUUCGCUUCGAUUACAGGAACGGAAACAGUAACAGAAACAAUAUAGUUUAGUUUGAUCUCACGCACUCAAUGAAAUACGAACCUGUAUAAAAUAAAAUAAAAAGAAAUUGAAAGUCAGUGAAAUAAUCUAAAUCGAAAUGAUUCUAAAUGAUGAAUGGUGUUUCUUGAUUUCUUGGAAAAGUAUUGUUUAUAAAAAUGCCAAAACAACAAUUUACUAAAGUUUAGAAUAGAAACUAUGAAAAUAUUCCUAGCUGAUUCAACUAAAUUCUAAUAACUUGUUAGCUUUGUAUCCAAAUGAAUAUGAACAAUAGUAUUGAAGUAGGCUCAAUGGAAUUAAGCUUUUACAUAUGGAGAAAAUUCACAUUGGUUGCUUUUAAACUAGCUGCGUUGACAAUCUGUACAAGUCAUUGUCAUUGUCUGACAAAAAAAAAGAUUGACAGCAAAGCUCAAGAAUUUAUUUACAUUACAUAAACACUUGAAUCGGUACAUGAAGAGGAACAUUCAUAGUAGGUCACGUCACACAAAUUAUUUCUUAAUGUGCUGUAAAUCUACCAUUUCUGAGAAUGGGCCAUGGUCUAAACUUCAUGGACUCAGGCCAGGGAUACUCAAAUCUCUGCCUUCAAGGACAGUGGUACUUUUCUCUUUCGUUUACAUUCAGAAGGUAAUCAGUCCUGGUUAGAGAGGAGGAGUAAAAGCCAGCAUUACCAUUGACCGCAAGGGCCAAGUUUGUCCCUGGCAUAUUCACUGGUUUAACCAAGCUUUUGGGAUCUACUGCAUUUCAGUGGCGUAUUUGUGAUCCCAUGCUUGCUUAAAUCCUUGAAAGUGCUUGAAUAAUAGUAUACAUACAGUAUGUAUGUAAUUGAAGUUGAAAUACAUACAGUAUACAUGUAAUUGAAGUUGAAAUUAGAUUUCCCUCGAGUGGCGCUACAUACAGUACAGUAUUUCCAACUGCACAUGGUACAUUGAGUCAGGGCUCACAUAUUGCAUUACAUUACUUUACAUUAUUGGCAUUUGGCAGACGCUCUUAUCCAGAGUGACGUACAACAAAGUGCAUAUUGCCACAUGGGGGUGCCAAUUCCUCUAUGCUGCUUAGUAAUUAAGUUUUGAUGUGUGAAAUACUGUACUGGUGACCACAGUGGAUUGCUUUUACCCAAGUUUCGAAUGGGUGUAAGUUUCUUAUUUUUUCUAUGGGCUGACUAUUCUGCAAUAGUCGCUAUUGCGAUGGCUAUUGCAUUAGUACUGUAAUGGGUCUUAAAUAGUCAUUGAGUACCCUGUGGAUCUUAUUGCUGUGCCAAUCUGCUGUUGAGUGUUAUGAUUAUGCAUUGAAUAUAUUCAGCUAAGUAUAUCUUAAGGUGUCCCGAAGUAAGCAAUUGUAAGCAUUUUUAAGGAUUGCUUUUACCCAAGUUUCGAAUGGUUGUAAGUUUCUUAUUUUUUCUAUGGGCUGACUAUUCUGCAAUAGUCGCUAUUGCGAUGGCUAUUGCAUUAGUACUGUAAUGGGUCUUAAAUAGUCAUUGAGUACCCUGUGGAUCUUAUUGCUGUGCCAAUCUGCUGUUGAGUGUUAUGAUUUUGCAUUGAAUAUAUUCUGCUAAGUAUAUCUUAAGGUGUCUCGAAGUAAGCAAUUGUAAGGAUUUUUAAGGUGUUUUUUUUAAUAUAAAACCUUUUUGUUUUUUGCUCUACUGUCUAUAUGACGAACUGUUGCUUUAAAAUAAACCUGGGAAAUGGUCUAA